AUGGUUUGGGAACAACUAGGGACCAUCGUUCCCUGUGAAAAGUCACGCGGCAGCCUGGCCUGUGCUCACCUGCAGACUUGCGGGGGGUCUGGGCAGCACAGCUGGAGGCGGGGAAGAACUCAGGAAUGUGCUACGAAGUCCAAUAAAGGCACGUUUCCUCGGACCUUUGCUAUUUCUGUCAAGAGUUCUAUGCCACCCAAAGUAAAGACAACCAUUUAUGAGGCAGCCAGCGUUUUCCAGUUUCAGCUCCGGGAAUUCAGUAGUUUUGUAGGAAGUUCUGCUUACUGCGUAGCCCAAAGGGGAACCUUCCUGCUCCGAAGGGUUUUGCGGAGGCCGCGCGUGAACUCUGGCGCGAGAGCGCAUCCCAGCUUAGAUCACACCCACCGGGGGUGCGCGUGUGAGUGUGUGCGCGGGGGCCUGCGCGCGUGUACGUGUGGGGAGCCCCCGAAGCUGCGGAGGCACAGCUCCGGGGCUCCCGGGCCACGCGCUGCCGCCGCCGAGCCCAGCCGCGGCGGUUGCGGAAGCGACUCAGGCUGCCUGGACACGAGCGUCCCGGAGCCCGCGAGGAGCCGGGGGACCCCGGGCUGGAAGAAGAGCCAAGCACCCGGACAGCCUGCGGGACUGGCACUUACCGGGCCUCUCAACCCCCAGACUUUGCAACUACAGCUGGAGGAGGAGCUGGAGGAAGCUGGGGACCGACAAAAGGGAGGGGAUGAACAGCAGGAGGCGCACCCCGGCGAGGGGCCGGAGCCCAGGAGCCCCGCCGGGGAACCCGACGGACUGGUCCUGGACGUGCUGGGUCAGCGGCGCCCGCCUGCCACCAAGAGACACGUCUUCUGCUCUGUGUACUGCGUGGAGAGCGACCUGCCCCGGGCCACCACCGCGGAGCAGGUCUCGCCGACCGCCUCGCCCCCUCGGGUUCCGGUGCUGAAUCCUCCCAGCACCCCCUCCUCCUUCCCCAGCCCCCGGCUGUCCCUCCCAGCGGACCCCCUCUCCCCCGACGGCGGCAGCAUCGAGCUGGAGUUCUACCUGGCGCCCGAGCCGUUUUCCAUGCCCAGCCUGUUGGGAACUCCACCCUACUCUGGCCUGGGCGGAGUAGGGGAUCCCUAUGCGCCCCUCAUGGUGCUGAUGUGCCGGGUGUGCCUGGAGGACAAGCCCAUAAAGCCCCUGCCCUGCUGCAAGAAGGCCGUGUGCGAGGAGUGCCUCAAAGUCUACCUGAGCUCCCAGGUACAACUUGGCCAAGUAGAAAUCAAAUGUCCUAUCACAGAGUGUUUUGAAUUCCUGGAAGAAACAACUGUUGUCUAUAACUUAACACAUGAAGACUCCAUCAAAUAUAAGUACUUCUUGGAACUUGGCCGUAUUGAUUCCAGCACCAAGCCAUGUCCUCAGUGCAAGCACUUUACAACCUUCAAGAAAAAAGGACAUAUUCCCACUCCUUCCAGAUCAGAAAGCAAAUACAAAAUCCAGUGCCCCACUUGCCAAUUCGUCUGGUGUUUUAAGUGCCACUCUCCUUGGCAUGAAGGUGUUAACUGCAAGGAGUACAAAAAAGGAGACAAAUUGUUGCGUCACUGGGCCAGCGAAAUUGAGCAUGGACAGAGGAAUGCCCAGAAGUGUCCAAAGUGCAAGAUCCACAUCCAGAGAACUGAAGGAUGUGACCAUAUGACCUGUUCACAAUGUAACACUAAUUUUUGUUAUCGGUGUGGGGAGAGAUACCGCCAGCUCCGUUUCUUUGGAGACCACACAUCAAACCUCAGUAUAUUUGGAUGCAAAUACCGCUACCUCCCAGAGAGACCUCAUUUAAGGAGAUUAGUGCGAGGGUCGGUCUGUGCUGGAAAAUUAUUCAUCGCACCUCUAAUCCUGGUUUUGGGAUUAGCGCUAGGGGCCAUAGCAGUUGUAAUUGGUUUAUUUGUAUUUCCUAUCUAUUGCCUUUGUAAAAAACAGAGAAAACGAUCACGGACAGGUAUGCACUGGUAAAAUGCAGAUGAUUUCAUCUAUCUCAGCUAGUUUGGGUAGGAGCUGUCCAGAAUGGUACACCUGUCUGUGAGUCACAUCUUGAAAAACACUGAAAGGAACCUUCUGCCAUCUCGUCUCCCCGUGGUUCUCUGCAAGCCACGAUGCCUCUAGCUACGGUGCACCCCCAACAUGGUAUCAUGUCCUUUCCCUAAACGAAUUGCUGCUUUUGAAUAAUGGUCACUUUCGUAAACUAUAAACAUCUGUAUCAUAACUCUGACCUUUGUGGUUCUUGGAAGAAAAUAUUUUAAGAACCAGUUAUCCUUAGAAUUGUUCUGAGCACACCUCUCCUGAGCAUUGCUUGGACUGUCUUUGAAACCUGAACCUCCCUCCAAGUCAUCUUUUGAAGCUUGGUGUGAGUGCCUGAAGUCCUAUUAGUGUCAACAAAUAAGGCCACUUUUCAGAAGAUAAAAGUUCACCGAAUACGCCUGUUUUUAUCUGUGGCCCAAGCAGUAUAAUUCCUCAAAUGCUAUAAUUGCUAAAAAGCUCAAUGCCCAAAAGGGAACUAAUGAAACUAAAUUACUGAGAAGAAUCAUGAGUUACUGAAGUGUUUAUGUGUAAGGGUGUGAAUGUGCGUGUUUAUAGAUAAAUAUAUGUUAAAACUAGGCCCAAUAACCUUGUACUUAUCUAGUUCCAAGCCUCUACGCUAUUUUUCCACAUUUUCACAAACCUAUUUAAAAAUGAUGGUUCCUUUGUGGGCACAAUUUGGUAAUGUACUGAAUUAAAGUCAAUGUAGACAACA